AUCGACAGUCAUCGGACUGCCGAGUUGGAAAUUUUUAAAUUAUAAAAAAUAAAUAAAUUAUCAAUAAAAAUGGCUGGUACCUCAAGCGCAACCGCAAAGCCUGAGAUGAUCGAUCUCACCAAGCUCAGUCCGGACCAGCUGAUGCAGAUCAAGCAGGAUUUCGAGCAGGAGAUGGGCAACAUACAGGAGUCGCUGUCGACUCUGCAUGGCUGCAAAGCCAAAUACGCUGGCUCCAAAGAGGCGCUGGAAACGUUCCAGCCGGACUGGGAGAACCGUCAGAUAUUGGUGCCGCUGACGAGCAGCAUGUACGUGCCCGGACGCGUGAAGGACCUCAACAACUUUGUCAUAGACAUCGGCACCGGCUACUACAUCGAAAAGGACCUUGAGGGUUCCAAGGACUACUUCAAGCGCCGCGUCGAGUACGUGCAGGAGCAGAUUGAGAAAAUUGAAAAGAUACACCUGCAAAAGACACGAUUCCUAAACUCAGUGAUGGGCGUGCUGGAAAUGAAACAGGCAGCAGCCGUGAAGGUAAUGCAGGCCCAGCAACAGCAGCAGCAAUCCAACCAGAGCUCCUAGGCAGGCGUGACGGGUAUGGGAUGAAGCAGAACAAAGAAGAAUUAAAUUAUUAAACUUAUAAACACGAUGUGUGCAUUUAAUUAACAUAGUUUAUUAAAUUGUUCCACUA